CUUUGCUCUUUUCCUAUAGCUUGCUUUAAGAAUUCACGUCGGAAGAAAGAUUAAGCAUUAGAUAAGUCUUUAAAUAGUGUUUAAUCACCAUCAAAGUUCAUUGAAACAAAUUAAAUAAAGUUACAAGCAUCUGAAAGUUCACAGAAAUAUUCAAUAAUCACAUUUUUCUAUUGAAAAGGACAAUUUACACUUUUCCUUAAAAAUUAAAUUUGGUGAAAAUUUUGGGAAAUGCCAGAAACAACAAUGAAUGGUUAUUUAAAUGGAAGUCAUAUCCACAAUGGUUAUGAAAUGGAGGACAAUGCAUCAUUUCUGUUCACAUCUGAAUCAGUAGGCGAAGGACAUCCAGACAAAAUGUGCGAUCAGAUUUCUGAUGCUAUCUUAGAUGCACAUCUAAAACAAGACGCAAAUGCGAAAGUUGCCUGUGAAACUGUCUGUAAAACCGGAAUGAUUCUUCUCUGCGGUGAAAUAACAUCAAAAGCAAAUGUAGACUAUCAGCAAGUUGUUCGCGAUACAGUUAAGCACAUUGGAUACGACGACUCAUCAAAGGGAUUCGAUUGGCGUACUCUUAAUCUGCUUGUUGCUAUUGAACAGCAGUCACCAGACAUCGCGAACGGAGUUCACAUUAAUCGUCAUGAAGACGAUGUCGGAGCUGGGGAUCAGGGCUUAAUGUUCGGAUAUGCUACCGAUGAGACAGAAGAAUGCAUGCCGCUUACUGUCGUAUUGGCACAUCGCUUAAAUCAGAAGAUCGCUGAACUACGUCGUUCUGGUGCUCUUAGCUGGGCACGACCCGAUUCAAAAACACAAGUCACAGCUGAAUAUGUUUUUCAAAAAGGCGCUUGCAUUCCACAGCGUGUUCAUACGAUUGUCGUGUCAUUGCAACAUUCAGAAAAAGUAACAUUGGAUGAGCUUCGUUCUGAAAUAAUGGAAAAAGUUAUUAAAGUUGUUAUUCCCGAGAAAUAUUACGACGAGAACACAAUCGUUCAUAUCAAUCCUUGCGGAUCAUUUGUCAUUGGGGGACCACAAGGUGACGCUGGCUUGACGGGACGUAAGAUUAUCGUAGAUACAUACGGUGGGUGGGGAGCACAUGGUGGUGGAGCAUUCUCAGGAAAAGAUUUCACAAAAGUCGACAGAUCGGCAGCUUAUGCAGCUCGUUGGGUUGCAAAAUCAUUGGUUAAAGCAGUAAUUUGUCGACGUUGUUUAGUUCAAGUCAGUUAUGCUAUUGGCUUGGCUGAACCAUUAUCCAUCACAGUCUUUGACUAUGGCACAUCGAACUUAUCUCAAAAACAACUUUUAUCUAUUGUUAAGAAUAACUUUGACUUGCGACCAGGGAAGAUCGUAAAAGAUUUGAACUUACGUACUCCGUUUUAUCAACAAACAAGUACAUAUGGACACUUUGGUCGUGAUGGUUUCCCAUGGGAGAAACCAAAAACGUUGAUCAUGGAAUGACUAGACCAAGUUGACACGACCGAGCACGCAGAACCACACUGCACUAAGAAACUUAAAUUAGCAUAAGUAAAUAACCCUAAUCUUUUAAUUCAAGCGUAAAUUGACACCUAACAAGAAUUUUUUUAAACAAUACGUAGCACAGAUAUUCGUUUUUCGUUCAUAUCUUAUCGGAAAAGUGUUUUCUUUUUUAACAAAAACGUGGAUUUUUAAUAUUUUUAUGGAGUUUUCUUGCUCGUUUUUCUUUCAUUUUUAUAUUUCAAGACAAUGAACAUACUUAGAAUAAUUUCUAUUGUUCAUAAGCUAAGGAUUCUGAUUUCUCUUAGUUUUAUGUUGCCUUGAAUAUUUUUUUUUAAAUUCUAUACAAACAUUGAUAAUGUAGAUGAACAAGAUAAAAUGGACGAAAAAAUAGAAAAACACAAAAAUCCAUUGUUUAGGACUUACAGCUCUAGAUUAACUUCGCUGAAUCACGGCACCUCGGUAUCUUUGAAAAAUAACAGCAACGCUUAUGUAGUGCUGAGUGUCGCAAUACUUUCUACAACUUUCUUGUGUCAGUGAAUAAAAAUAUGUAAUUGAAUUUAGAAAAAUUCAAACUUAAUAUUAAAUUUCACUUGUCUGUUGUGAAUAAAAGUUUCAUGAUAGUGACAAUUUCGGAGAAAUCUCUGAAAUCUCAUUCUUAUGAAUAUCCCGACAGUGAAAUUUCAUCCCAACUGACCAUUUUACCUGUAGAUUGUUAUUGUGUUGUGUUUCUGGAAUUAAUGGAAAAGAGCAUACCAAAAACACACCGAUUCGCGAGUAAUUGAAAAGGAAGCGAUAAUAAGCUUGAUUAUUGAAUCAAAUGAGAAAAACUAAUUUAUGAAAAAUUUUGCACAGCACAUAGGUAGCUUAACAUCUUUCAAUAAUGCAUUCGCUUACCAGAACUUGUAAGUCUAAAUGUUGGAAACAAAAAAAAUAUACAAAUUAACAAUUCAAAAUGAUUUUAAAUAAAAACAUGUUUAUGUAGAUGGAAAAAAAUAUGAAUAAAGAAUUUAUAAAAUUAAAAAAA